AUGAAUAAUAUAAAGGAAGGUAAUGUAAAUACAUUGUAUGAAAAAGAUAAAGAAAAAAAAAAAGAUUCAAAUGAAAACAGGAAGAAGAAACAAAAGGAGAAAGAUAAGAAAAAUCCGAAUGAUAAUAAAUUAAAAAAGAUAGAAUACACAAAUAAAAUAACACACUUUUUCAAAGCGAAAAAUAAUAAACAAAAUAAUGUUACGCAUAAAAAUAAUGAGGACAUAAAAAAUGAUAAUAGUAAGGACAUAAAAAAUGAUAAUAGUAAGGACAUAAAAAAUGAUAAUAGUAAGGACAUAAAAAAUGAUAAUAGUAAGGACAUAAAAAAUGAUAAUAGUAAGGAGAUACAAAAUAAUAAAAGUGAUGAGAUACAAAAUAAUAAUAAUAGCUGUGAAAUAUUUAAUAAUUAUGAUAAGAAUAAUAAAUCGAAUGAAAACUUUUUUGAUAAUCCCGAUUGUUUCAUAAAAGAUAACAAUAAUUUUAAAAAUUUAGAUUCAUAUUCAAAAAAUACAAUAUUAAAAAAAAUAGACAUUUCUGAUGAUAUAUGGUUAAAUGAAAAAAAAAAUAAUAGCCCUAUAAUAAAACUAGAACCUUUAAAUACGACUAGCGAAAAAGACUUAUUUGAAGCUCCUGACACCAAAAAUAUAGAAUUAUGUUCAGGAAAAAAUAUAAAAGAAAAAUGUUAUAAACAUAAUUAUUUAUAUGAUAAUGCUGUAAGUAAUAAUAUUAUUGAUAACAUAUCUAAGGAUAUGAAAAAAAAUAAAAUAUGUGAUACGAUCUUAAAAAAAAAAGAUUCAAGUGAAAAAGACAAAAAUGUUUCUUCAAAUAAAAAUAAUAAUAAUAAUAAAAAUAAUGAUAAUAACAAAAAUGAUGAUAAUAACAAAAAUAAUGAUAAUAACAAAAAUAAUGAUAAUAACAAAAAUAAUGAUAAUAACAAAAAUAAUGAUAAUAACAAUAAUGAUAAUAAUAAUAACAAUAAUAAUAGUGAACGUGAUGUUUGCUACUCUUCUAAUAAUAAACAUUGUAAUUCGGAAAAACGUUUGAAUCAAGAGAAAAAAGAAAAUGUCGAUUUAGGUGAUCAUACUAAAGAACAAACGAAUAAAUCAAGAAAAAUUUCGAUUGCCAAUUUCUUUGGAGAAAAUCUAGAAAUUACAGUAAAUAUUAAUGAAGAAGAUGAAAACGGUGAAAGUGAAUCGAGUAGCGACAACAGCCUUGUGAGAAGUGAAUUAAAUAGUAAUAAAAUUACAAAGAAAAAUAUAAAUCAAACAAAUAUUAUAGAUAUUAAUAAAAAUAACGAAAAAAUUAAUAAUAAAAAUUUUUUUAAAAGAAAAUCAAUUUCGGAUUAUGAAAAUUAUAAUAAGAAAGAUAAAAAAAUAAAAAAAAAUAAAUUAAAUCAUCAUGAUUAUGAACAUGAACGUGAAUAUGAACAUGAACAUGAACAUGAAAAUGAACGUGAAUAUGAACAUGAACGUGAACAUGGUCAUAUCUAUAAUCAUUAUAAUAAUGAUGAUGAUAAAAUGAUAAAUUCGACAGAUCAUAGAAAAAGUGCAUCAAAUAAUAUUCAUAACGGAAAAAGAAACACAUUUCAUCUAUUCAAUUCUAAGAAUCUAAUAAAUAAAAGAACUUUAAUAUCUGAUAAUGAAUUAGAUAUGACAUGCAAAAGCAGGAAGAAAACAAAAAUUGAAAAAACUCCUAAUAAACACGAACAACAUAUACAAGCACAAAUACAAACAGAACAUAAAAUAGAACAAAGUGAACACAAGGAAUUAUAUAAAGUACAAAAUAAUAAUCAACUAAAUAAUGUUUUACAAAGCAGAAAAUUUGCUGAUACAAAUAUAAUAAAAACAAGUAAAUAUAAAAGUGGAAAGCAAACUUGUAUACAGGGAGAAAUAUUUAAUAAUUCAAAUGUGAAGAAAAAAAAAAAAAAAAAAAACGAACAAGAAAAGAAUGUGUCUCUUAAGGAUAUGAUGGAGAAUGAAAAUGAAGAAGAAAAAAUUGAAAUAGAUUCAAUAGAAAGAAAAUUCAUCUCUCAAGAAAAUAUACUAAAAGAAUUAAAUAGAAAUGUUCCUAUGGAAAAGACACCUAUCGAAAAGGUACCUAAUAAAACCAUUUCUAAUUUAAAAAUGCCCAAUCUAACGGUACCAAUUUUAAUGACGACAAAUGAAGGUCUAAAAAGUUCAAGCACAUCAAAAGGUAUCACGAAGAUAUGUUCUAAUAAAAUGAAUGACCACAGAGAAAUAAAUGAUAAGAAUAUAAAAAGUGAUCAUAAUAUAAAAGGUGACAAUAAUAUAAAAAGUGAUCAUAAUAUUAACCGAAAUAAUAAUAAGAAUAAGAAGACCCCUCUUAAUAAACCAAUAAAUAAAAAGGAAAGACAAAAGAGUCCAAAGAAUUAUAGCCUAAAAUCAACAGAGAAAAGUAAUAAAAAAGAAGAUAAGAAUUAUUGUCAAGAGAUACAAAAAUGUAAUAUUGAAAAAGACAUUUUAGAUAAUAAAGAUGUUAUAAAAUCAAAGGAAUCUUUAGAUAAUAAAGAUGUUAUAAAAUCAAGAGAAUCUUUAGAUAAUAAAGAUGUUAUAAAAUCAAAAGAAACCUUAGAUAAUAAAGAUGUUAUAAAAUCAAAAGAAACCUUAGAUAAUAAAGAUGUUAUAAAAUCAAAAGAAACCUUAGAUAAUAAAGAUGUUAUAAAAUCAAAAGAAACCUUAGAUAAUAAAGAUGUUAUAAAAUCAAAAGAAACCUUAGAUAAUGAAGAUGUUAUAAAAUCAAAAGACAUUUUUGAUAAUAAAGAUGUUAUAAAAUCAGAAGACACUUUAGAUAAUAAAGAUGUUAUAAAAUCAAAGGAUUAUUUAAACGAAAAAGAUAUUUUAGAUGAGAAAAGAAAAGUGCAGAUAUUAAGAGUGUUAAAUAAGUAUUAUUUUGAAAAAGAAUAUAAUGAUUACAUUUUGAAUAGAGAGAAACAAAAGGAUUGUACUGAAUUAUUGAAAGAUAGUUCUAAUAAACCGUAUACCUUUUUCGUUGCUGGGAAAUUUAAUUUGUUUAGUAAUUUCGUAUUAAUAAAAAAAUUAAAAGAUGUAGGAUAUAACAUUACAUAUAAUAUGAGAAGAAGUAAUAGUUUAAUAUUAGGAUAUGAUAUAAGUAAUGAUAUAUUAAAAAAAGUAGAAAAUUUUAAAGGAGAAGUAUUUGAUGAGAAGAGUAUAAUGGUACAUUUAAAAAUAAAUGUACAAAAUCGUAUGAAUUUAUUUAUACCUAUAAAUAAAUAUAACGGGAAAAGAUAUAAAAUAUAUUUUAAUGAGAGUAAUAUAACGAAUUCUCCGGUAUGUUUAAUAAAUAAGAAAUUACAUUCUUUUUGUAAGACAAUGAAUACAUAUAUUGAGCAUAUAAAUAUGAGUAAUAUAGAUUAUAAGAAAUUAUUAAAUUUAAAAAAGAUUAUGAAUAGUUUUUUAUUAUUUUUACAUAUGGGAAGAAAUAAAUUUCAAUCAGAUAUAAAUUCGAUUUUAUUUUAUUAUAAAAGAUAUUAUUCUCUUAAGAAACCAUUAAAUGAAGAAAAUAUAUAUAAUUAUAUAUUUUUUUUUAAAAAGAUAUGUAAAUUAUUUAGUACAUGUUAUGUUAAUAAUGAUAUGUUAACAUUAAAAAGUAAUACAUCUUUUGAAAUAUAUGUAAAUAAUAAUGAAGCGUUGAUUAAUGAUGAUAAGAAUAAUAAUGAAAUUAAAACUUUAAAAAUUGUUAAAGAAUUUAAACAAAAUAAUAAGGAUGAUAAUAAUAAUAAUAUAGAUAUAUAUAGUGAAUUUAAUAGUGAUAUAUAUAGUAAUGAAAUAUAUAGUAAUGACAUAUAUAGUAGUGACAUAUAUAGUAAUGACAUAUAUAGUAGUGAUAUGAAUAGUGAAAUGAUUGGUAAAAUAUCUAGCGAAUUUUUUAAUGAUAUGAAUAGUGAUAUGAUAACUAAAAUAAGUUUUGAAAUGAAUAAUGAAAUUAAUAGACAAUUUAAUCGAAAAGAUUUUUAUUCUAUAAAUAAAAUACAUUCCAAUAUAAUUCCUUCUAAUAUUUUAUAUUCCAAUAUUAUACCUUCCAAUAUUUUAUAUUCCAAUAUUAUACCUUCCAAUAUUUUAUAUUCAAGAAAUAAUUCAAAAUUUAUUGGUGAUAAUCAAGAACAUAUUCUUAAAUAUGAUUCUAAUAAAAUCCAUAACUCUCAAGUAACAUCACAUAAGGAAGGUGAUCUCAAAAAUGAUUAUCUGAAUAAAGAUAUUUCUACUGAUCCUAAUUUCUCUUCCUUUGAUUAUAUGUCCAGUGAUGACAUGGAUUAUUAUAACAACGAUCAAAGAGAAGAUCAGCAUGUGAAGCAACAACAAAAAGACAACAUUAAUAUUAAUGAUAAUAAUGAUGAUAAUGAUGAUAAUGAUAAUAUUCGUGAUAAUAUUCGUGAUAAUAUUCAUGAUAAUAAUAAUAUUGUUAAUAUUCAUGAUAAUAAUGUUGUUAAUAUUCAUGACAAUAAUAUUGUUAAUAUUCAUGACAAUAAUAUUGUUAAUAGUCAAAAUAAUCCAAAUGUUCAUCUGAAAAAUCCACAAGCUGAUAGUUAUAAAUCAUUACAAGAACGAAAUAAUGAUAUUAAAGAGAAAACAAAUUUCGACGAACAGAUAAUUCUGGAAAAUAUGAAAAGGAGCGAGAAAUUAAUAAAUAUAAAUAAUUUGUGGAGUAGUUUUUUUGAACCAAAUAGUUUAUAUGAAAUUGCUGGCCAUAGAAAUGAAAUAUUAAAAUUAUAUAAAUUUAUAAAAAAAAAAAUUAAUAAUAAAUUAAAUGAUAAAAAAUAUGAAUAUUUAGAUUUUUCAGAAAAAAGUACUGAAUAUAAUAAUAAAUGUUUAAAAGUUGAUAAUGUAAAUAUAAUUUUUUUAUUAUAUCCACCGAAUUGUGGAGUGAAAAGAUUAGUUGAAUUAACAUGUUAUGCAUGUGAUUUAUGUCCAAUAUAUGAAAGUAAAGUACAAAAAUAUAAAAAUAUUAAUUAUUUUUUUAAAUAUACCCAUGGACUUAAAGGAAUAUCAAUAUAUAAUGCUAACCGUUUAGAUAAGCAUUCUAUGAAUGAAUUAAAUACAAGAAAUGAUGUUUGUAUCUGUUUAUAUGAAGAUAAAAAUUAUAUCAUAAAUAAUUUCAAUAAUUUUACUCUACCUAUUCUUGAUAAUAUUAAUCAUCUACUUAUCAAAUUUUCAUAUCCAUCCAAAAAAGCUCUUUUUUAUAGAUGUUUUGCUGUAUCAUCAUGUAUAAUAAAAAAUUUAAGAAAAAAAACAUUCAAAAUAUUGUUUGAAAUAUGUAAACUAAAAAAUUUAUCAUAUUCAAUAGAAAGUAUAUAUAACAAAGUCCAUUUGAUUUCUUCUUAUAUAAAUUAUAUAAAGGCUAAUGAAUCUUGUGCAAAUAAUAUUUGUACUAACAGCAUAAGUCACCACCUUCAUACAAUGAACAGAUUUGAUUAUGAAGAAAGCCAAAGGAUUCAUCAGGACAAGAGGUUUGGAAGUAAUGACAGCACUAAUAAUAAUGAUAUAAUUUAUAAAAAGAACGUUCACGUGAAUAACUCAAAUGGUUACAUGGAUAAUAAUACCACAUUGUUUUCGAAUCAUACACAAAUUAAAAAAAAUGAUGAUAAAAAAAAAAAUGAUAAUAAAGAAAAUGAUGAUAAAGAAAAUGAUGAUAAAAAUAAUGAUGACAAUAAUAAUGAUGAAAAAAAAAAAGGUGAUAAAAAAAAUGAUGAUAAAAAAAAUGAUGAAAAAAAAAAAGGUGAUAAAAAAAAUGAUGAAAAUAAUGAUGACAAUAAUAAUGAUAAAUAUUUUGGUAAGAGAAAGUGUAAGGAAAAUAGCUGUGAGCACAUAAAAUAUGGAAAAGAUGAUUUUUGGUUCCCAAAUAAUAUUAUAUACGAAUAUAUAAAAACACAUUUAUUGAAUCGUUUUGUUAUACAUAAUUAUGAAGAUAUUGAAGAAGAUAUUUAUGAUGAUUAUAAUGUGAAUAAUAUAGAAGAAGAUAAUUUAAAAAAGUUAAAUCAAUUAAAUAAAGAAUAUUAUUUUUAUGGUGGGUUUGAUUUAGAAGAAAUUUAUAAUAUUAUUUAUGAUUCUUAUGAUAAAUUAUAUAUACAUAAUUCAAGUUUUAUUUUAGAUUUUAAUAUAAAUAAAAAUGACAAUAUGCUAGAAGAUAAAAUUGAUUAUUUAUAUGUAGAUGAAAAAUCACAAAAAGAUAGACAACGUAUUUUAAUGAAUACUCUAGAAUUAUUUUUAUAUGCUUCUAUUUUAUUAAAAUCUAAAGAUAUCAAUAUAUCUUAUAUAGCUGUUGAUAUGGCUAUUUAUUGGAAUAAAUUUCUUUAUAUGAAUCCCUGUUUUACUAAAAAAAAAAAAACAAAAACAAAAAAAAAAAACAAUAUACAAAUUAAUGUAUACCAAAAAGAACAAUCAGUAAAUUUUAAUAAUAAUGAUUAUAUUAAUCAAAUCAAAUUAAAAGAUCAUUUAAAAAAUAAAACUGAUAAAUGUAAUAAAGGAUAUAAUGAUAAAGUUAAAAAAUAUAAACAACUUAUUAUGCAUUUUAAUUCCCCAUUUAAUUUCUCUUCCGCAAAUAUUGUAUAUGAUAUAUUACAUAACAAUAAAGUUGUUAAUUUUAAUCUAAAAAAAAGGGCAUAA